UUUUUCAUGUACGUCUAAAAUAAUAAUAUAAUGUGUCAGUUUUUUUUUGUUCUCUGAUUGUGACUUGAUAGAAAGAAAAAUACAUACUUAUUAUUAUGAAUGAGAUAAAUGAAAUUGAUGUCAAAAAUAAGAAUCGAAUAUUAUUGUAUAUUAAAUAGAGCUAUAAUUAAGUAAUAAGAAAGAGAGUACAGAUAUAUUAACGAAAAGAAUGAAUAGAAAGAAAAACAAAUUGCAUAUACGAGCCGAAAUAGAAAGCUGGCUCUUUUCUAAUGCUUUUGUAUUAUUCAUCAUUUAUUUUAGUUUUUUUUUCUACAUCAAUAAGCAACAAUAACGAACGAGUGCAUAUUAUGUGUAUUGUACGUAAAUAAAAAUGACAAAAUAAGAUAUUCUUUCUCAAUCUUUGUUCAAUAUUUUUCGAUUAAAAUAAAAACUCAAUAAUUAAUUUCAUCUUUUUAAGGUUUCGGCUUGUUUCUAUUACAAUCGUAAUGUAACAAUUUUGAAAAAAAAAUAUCGAAGAGGAGAAUAUAUUAAUAUUAGUCAACAUACAAAAAAAUAGAUAAAACAUUUGAGGCAUCUUCGAAAUCGUAGAAUCAGUAUUAACUAUGAUUGAAUUUACAUGGUUUCCUUUAUUCUAAAUUUAAAAAUAUAAUUACUAAUCAGUAAAUCUGUUGGGAUUCUUAUUAAUUAACAAGGUUUCAUAAAUAUAACCUUUUAAAUUUAUUCAAUAUUUUAGCCGGAUAUUUGUCCAUGUUCCGACUCAAUAGAUAUUUGUUUAUGCUGUAUUCCACUUAAUUUACUUUGUUGUUGUCUACCUUGUAGCCGUCCACCUCGUGAUCGAAUUAUUUACGUUCCUGCAGCUCAACCAAUGUAUCCAACUCAUGGUCAUGGUUAUAUCAUACGUGAACCUAUGUCACGUUAUUAA